GCCCCGGCCCGGGCGCCGGUGACUCAGUGUUCGCGGGAGCGCCGCAUCUGCACCAGCCAACCCAGACCCGCAGGUCCGACAGCGCCCGGCCCAGAUCUCACGCCUGCCAGGAGCCAGCGGAGAGCCAGCCACCCGGCGCGCUCCGCCCCUGAGCAGUCUGUGUCCUUCGUCCGAACCCCUAGCCCUUCCCGGGACCCCUGCCCUGAGGGCAGCGCUGCCACCCUGCCGGCCAUGGAGACCCCGUCCCAGCGGCGCGCCACCCGCAGUGGGGCGCAGGCCAGUUCUACUCCGCUGUCGCCCACUCGUAUCACCCGGCUGCAGGAGAAGGAGGACCUGCAGGAGCUCAAUGACCGGCUGGCCGUCUACAUCGACCGUGUGCGCUCUCUGGAGACGGAGAACGCCGGGCUGCGCCUUCGCAUCACCGAGUCUGAAGAGGUGGUCAGCCGCGAGGUGUCCGGCAUCAAGGCCGCCUAUGAGGCCGAGCUGGGGGAUGCCCGCAAGACCCUCGACUCGGUGGCCAAGGAGCGCGCCCGCCUACAGCUGGAGCUGAGCAAAGUGCGCGAGGAGUUUAAGGAGCUCAAAGCGCGCAAUACCAAGAAAGAGGGCGACUUGAUGGCCGCCCAGGCCCGGCUCAAGGACCUGGAAGCUCUGCUGAACUCCAAGGAGGCUGCGCUGAGCACUGCUCUCAGUGAGAAACGCACGUUAGAGGGCGAGCUGCACGACCUCCGCGGGCAGGUGGCCAAGCUGGAGGCAGCUCUUGGUGAGGCCAAAAAGCAACUUCAGGAUGAGAUGCUGCGGCGGGUGGAUGCUGAGAACAGGCUGCAGACCCUCAAGGAGGAACUGGACUUCCAGAAGAACAUCUACAGUGAGGAGCUUCGUGAGACCAAGCGCCGCCAUGAGACCCGGUUGGUAGAGAUUGAUAAUGGGAAACAGCGUGAAUUUGAGAGCCGGCUGGCAGAUGCUCUGCAGGAGCUGCGCGCCCAGCAUGAGGACCAGGUGGAACAGUACAAGAAGGAGCUGGAGAAGACCUAUUCUGCCAAGCUGGACAACGCCAGGCAGUCUGCUGAGAGGAACAGCAACCUGGUGGGGGCCGCCCACGAGGAGCUGCAGCAGUCACGCAUCCGCAUCGACAGCCUCUCAGCCCAGCUCAGCCAGCUGCAGAAGCAGCUGGCAGCCAAGGAGGCGAAGCUCCGGGACCUGGAGGACUCGCUGGCCCGGGAGCGGGACACGAGCCGGCGGCUGCUGGCAGAGAAGGAACGGGAGAUGGCUGAAAUGCGGGCGAGGAUGCAGCAGCAGCUGGACGAGUACCAGGAGCUGCUGGACAUCAAGCUGGCCCUGGACAUGGAGAUCCACGCCUACCGCAAGCUCCUGGAGGGCGAGGAGGAGAGGCUACGCCUGUCCCCCAGCCCCACCUCGCAGCGCACCCGUGGCCGUGCCUCCUCCCACUCAUCCCAGACGCAGGGUGCGGGGAGCGCCACCAAAAAGCGCAAGCUGGAGUCCACUGCUGAGAGCCGCAGCAGCUUCUCCCAGCACGCUCGCACCAGCGGACGGGUGGCUGUGGAGGAGGUGGACGAGGAGGGCAAGUUUGUGCGGCUGCGCAACAAAUCCAAUGAGGACCAGUCCAUGGGCAACUGGCAGAUCAAGCGCCAGAAUGGAGACGAACCCUUGCUGACUUACCGCUUCCCACCAAAGUUCACUCUGAAGGCUGGGCAGGUGGUGACGAUCUGGGCUUCAGGAGCCGGAGCCACCCAUAGCCCCCCUGCCGACCUGGUGUGGAAAGCGCAGAACUCCUGGGGCUGUGGGAACAGCCUGCGCACGGCUCUCAUCAACUCCACUGGGGAAGAGGUGGCUAUGCGCAAGCUGGUGCGCUCAGUGACCAUGGUUGAGGACGAUGAGGAUGAGGAUGGAGAUGACCUGCUCCAUCACCACCACGGCUCCCACUGCAGCAGCUCGGGGGACCCCGCCGAGUACAACCUGCGCUCCCGUACUGUGCUGUGCGGGACGUGCGGGCAGCCGGCCGACAAGGCAUCUGCCAGCGGCUCGGGAGCCCAGGUGGGCGGAUCCAUCUCCUCUGGCUCUUCCGCCUCCAGUGUCACAGUCACUCGCAGCUACCGCAGUGUGGGGGGCAGUGGGGGUGGCAGCUUCGGGGACAGCCUGGUCACCCGCUCCUACCUCCUGGGCAACUCCAGCCCCCGGACCCAGAGCGCCCAGAACUGCAGCAUCAUGUAAUCUGGGACCCACCAGGCAGGGGUGGGGGCCGAGGCCACCUGCUUCCUCCUCACCUUAUGCCCACCCCCUGCCCUGCACCUCAUGGGAGCAGGCUUGAAGCCAAAGAAAAAUACCCCCUUUGGUAUUUUUUCUUCUGUAUUUUGUUGUUUUGUUUUUCUAAGAGAAGUUAUUUUCUACAGUGGUUUUAUACUGAAGGAAAAACAAGCAAAAAAAAAAAUGCCUCUAUCUCAAUCCUAAUUUCUCCUCCAUCCUUUCCCUGCUUCCAGGAAACUCUGUAUCUGCCUUAAAACCAAAGAGGGCUUCCUCUAGGAGCCAAGGGAAAGGGGUGCUUUCACAGAACCCAGUUUCUGCUUUGCUGCCCUGGCUGCUGCCCCCGCCCCGGGGACCCCAUGACAUGGUGCCUGAGAGGCAGGCGUGGAGUCUUCUCCACCCGUCAGCCUCCUCUGGACAGCUGUCCCACUGCCAGGCCAGCUUCAGAGAAAGAGAGAGAGAGAAAGGACAGCUGAGCCCGGCCUCCCCUGGUUCCACUACACUUGGCUGAGGCUCCUUCGCCUGCCCCGUCCCCCAGUCCCCACCCCUGUCCCCAACCCCGGGGUGAACUGAUUCUCCCAGGUACCAGCUGUGCUUGCUUUUUCUGUAUUUUAUUUAGACAAGAGAUGGGAAUGAGGUGGAAGGUAGAAGAAGAGGGAAGGAAGGUUAGUUUGAGACUAACUUCUCCCAGCUUAAGAGCCUUGGCUAAGAGCUUAAGGCUCUGUCCAGCCACUGGAGGUCAAGGUCAAGUGGGGUGCAGGGAGGAGACAGAGGGAGCCUACAGGAAAGGGUGAGAGCCUGCUAGGGCCCACCACAGAGGAGGACGGUGAGGGGUAGAGGGUGGUUGGCAGUAGUUAUUGGCAAACACUAAGAGCCUCUUGCCUCCCCAUUGCCCAUCUGCAUCCCUUCUCUCCUCCCCAAAUCAAUACACUAUUUGUUUCUA